CACCGGGAAAAAAAAAAAGGGGCAAAAACAGCAACCCCUCCCUCUCUCUCUAACUUUUCUCUCUCAUUUCCUCUCAACCUCAACCCAAAAAACCAGCAAACAUAAACGAACCCACUCUCUCUCUCUCUCUCUCUCUCUCUCUCCUCUUUAAACAAGAACGGAAACCCCAUCUCUCUCUCCCUCCUUUUGAAACAAAAUCCCAAACCAGAUCUUUUAAUUCCGAUUCGAACCGUUCGCCAUCAUCCUCUGUGUCGUGGUCUUCAUCUUCAACAGUUGCUUCCCCAACCAGGUCUUUGUCGUCAGUUGGCAGAGAGGAAGGGAUUAAAAUAAUCCAAUGCGAGUGAACAGUAGCUCUGUAAAGAAAACGAGGUACUGUAGAAAAUGUUUUUUUUUUUGUAAAAUAGUGAGGGAGGAAGAGAGGCUGAUAUUGGGGUGUUUUGGGGUUGUUUUUCAGUUUUGGCUCUUUAAUUUAAUUUGGAGAGGGAAGAAGAGAGAUAGAUCUGGAUGCUCUAACCACCAAUACAUAUUUAUUCCAUUUUUAUUUAAGUGCAGAUCCACAUCACUCAAAAAAGUCUUCUCUCCUCACAAAUCCAACAACAAACCACCAUGUCCUCGGACCAAACCCUUUUCCACUACAGCCUCCUCUCUCUCCUCCUCUCCGGCCCCCCCACCGCCCUCUCUCUCCUCUUCCUCCAGGCCCCCUACGGCAAGCACCGCCGUCCGGGGUGGGGCCCCACCAUCUACCCACCUCUCGCCUGGUUCCUCAUGGAAAGCCCCAGCCUCUGGCUAACCCUCCUCCUCUUCCCUCUGGGCCGACACCACUCCAACCCAAGAGCCCAAACCCUAAUCUCCCUCUUCCUCCUCCACUACCUCCACCGCGCCAUCAUAUACCCACUCAAGAUCCACUUCAGAACCCACGAACGGAAACCCACCGGCGGUUUCCCGGUCACCAUCGCCGCGAUGGCCUUCGCGUUCAACCUCUUGAAUUCCUACCUCCAAGCCAGGUGGGUGUCUCACUACGCCGACUUCGGGAGCGACGGGUGGUUCUGGUGGCGGUUUCCCGGCGGGUUGGCGGUUUUCGCAGGCGGUAUGGCGGCGAACGUGACGGCGGACAUGGUUUUGUUGAGGCUGAAGGGGGAGGGCGGGGGUUAUAGGGUGCCCAGGGGAGGGUGGUUUGAGGUGGUGAGCUGCCCGAAUUAUUUCGGGGAGGUGGUGGAGUGGUUGGGCUGGGCCUUGAUGACUUGGUCUUGGGCCGGGCUCGGGUUUUUUCUUUUCACGUGUGCCAACUUGGUGCCCAGGGCACGUGCGAAUCACAAGUGGUAUUUGGAGAAGUUUGGGGAGGAUUAUCCCAAGAACAGGAAAGCUGUUAUUCCAUUUGUAUAUUGAGGACUAGCGUUCAACCCGUUUUAUGCACGGAUAAAACUAAUCCGUUUUAAUAUUGUGCCCGUUCAAACCUAUUUUUAUUAAUUGUCCUGUGCAUCUAGAUUGGAA